GCAGAGGAGACGACUACAGUGAGACACGAUGUAGAGAGACAGACAGCUGAACACAGACAGGAUCAUCAUGUCCAUCAGUGUGAAUCUGAAGAAGAUCUCCAACCUGCCGGGACGAUCUGACAGAAAGGUGGAACUGUGCUUCAGAGGCUUUACCCACAAAACCAAGGCUCUGCAGUGUGAGAACUUGGCCAUCUUCAACGAGCAUUUCCGUUGGCCUCACUAUGGGAAAGAGAUCAGGGAUGAAGUUUUGUCCAUCAGUGUGUACAACUGCAGUAAAGUUUUCUCCAACAGAUUGCUCGGUAAGCUGGUCAUCAGUCUCCAGCAUGCCGUUACCACGGGGAGGGUGUUGCUACGGGAACCACUCACUGACUCCAACUACAGCCUGACUGAGAUCUAUAUUGAGUUGGAUAUUCGGUACCAUCCAGUUGAAGGAACAGCAGGAAGCUGGGAAGGACUUGACUUCAUUCAAGUUGAAGACCAGGAUGAAUCAGCUAUGGUCUUCAGGAAUGUAGGAUUUACUGACCCUGAAAGUCAGCUGACUGUCGCUCGCCCAGGCCUGCUGGAAAGAGAGGCUCGACGUUUGGGAAGGAGCCUUGUCCGAACAGGGAAUGAAGAUGAAGACGAUGAUGAAGAUGAUUUUGACGAUGACAUUAUGGACUUGGAUGCUUCUGACAUCAUCUUCACUCCUCUGCUGAGUCGUUGCAGACCGAUGUCCAGAAAUGUUGCUGCGGCGACGCCUAGAGUCCAGGGAUUCCAGGUGAAUGUGAACAUCCUGGAGGCUCAGAAGCUGGUUGGAGUGAACAUCAACCCUGCAGUUUUCAUCAGAGUAGGAGAUCAGAAAAAACACACAGCGACACAGAAAUCCACCAACUGCCCCUUCUACAACGAGAACUUCCAGUUUGAGUUUCAGGAGACUCCACAGGUCCUAUUUGACAAAGUCAUCGAGAUAAAGGUGUUUCACAGGCGGACCCUGGCCUUCCUGAUGACCCACAUUGGGACCUUUAAGAUCGACAUCUCCACCGUGUACAACCAGCCAGACCACCGCUUCUACCAGAAGUGGGCCCCUCUCACGGACCCGGCUGACACCAGAUCAGGGAUCAAAGGCUACGUGAAGGCGAGCCUCAGCGUGCUGAUGAAGGGAGAUGCUCUGAGCAUGGCCAGCCUGCCAGCCCCCUCCUCAUCCUCAGCCAGUGACGACAUAGAGAAGAACCUGCUGCUUCCUCGUGGAAUGGCUUCUGAGCGUCCGUGGGCUCGGUUCCGUGUCCGGAUCUACCGAGCCGAGGGUCUGCCCACCAUGGAGGCGGGGCUUAUGGCCAAGAUGUCGAAGGCCACUGACCGCACAGUCUUCAUUGACCCAUACGUUCAAGUGACCUUCGCUGGACAACAGGGGGAGACGUCGGUCGCCAGCGCCACCAGCUCUCCCGUUUGGAACGAAGAAAUCUCCUUCAUCGAGCAGUUUCCUCCUCUGGCUCAGCGAAUCAGAGUCCAGGUCCUUGAUGACGCCAAGAUGGGAGACAUCGCCCUGGCAACGCACUUCCUGGACCUGCAGCAGAUUUCUGACCCCACCAGGAACGGGUUUAACCCGACCUUUGGCCCAUGCUGGGUGAACCUGUACGGUUCCCCUCAGAACUCCACCCUCGGAGACAUCCACCAGGCUUUAAACCAGGGUUGGGGUGAUGGCAUCUUCUACCGCGGUCGAAUCCUCCUGGCUCUCUCUGUGGAGGUGUACACCUCCCCUGCUGCCAUAGCACCAGAUAAACCCUCUGCCGCUUUGGGGAAGGUUAAAGGAGCAUUUGGGAAGCUGGGCCUGAAGAAGAAAAGCAAGAGGGAGAAGAAUAAGGAAGUAGCGUCUUCUAGCGGAUUGGUUGAGGAGUCAGGAGAUGCAGGAGUUGAGGUACCAGAAGCUGUAACUGUGGAGGUCGAGGAGACCCAUCCACUUCCUGAGGGUUUCCUGGGUCGCACGGAAGAAUUUCUGUUGUUCGCGUCUCUGUUUGAGGUCACUAUGAUGGACCCGUCUGUAGGAACCAGACCAAUGACAUUCGAACUCUCAAUAGGGAAUUAUGGGAAGGUUUUGGGGGUUGGGAAGUCAAAGAAGAGCCAGAGCAGGGAGGAGCUGAGGAGGAGCAGGGACGAUCUGAGGAGGAGUAAGGAGGAUCUGAAUGAGGAGGCGCAGGGUCUGCUGGAGUCUGAGGAUGAGCUGGACAGAGAGGAUCUGCUGAGUCCUGAAUCUGAAAACAGAUCUGUGACUGCUCCUGCAAGACCCCAGCCCACCGAGUACGACAGGUCGUUCCAAUGUCUUCCUCUCCAGCCCCCCUCCGAGAAACAGAAGCCUUGUCUGUUUGUCUGGAGUCAGUUUGAAGAUCACAGCUUUCGUCUCUAUCAGGCCAACUGGCUCAACAAGACAGCUGACCGACUGGAGAUUGGUCUUGAUGGGGUGGAACGUCUCUUGAGGAGGCCGAGAAGUAACGCUAAAGGCCGUUUGGUGGAGGUGCUGCUGGAGCUGGUGGCCUCCUGCAAACAGUUUAGUGUUUUCUCAGACAGGAGGUCUCAGUCUCGACCCAACAACCUGGACCGAUGCAGGAAGGACUUCAUCAAGAAACAUUUGGUCCUUGUUGCUAGACAAGCUGUGAGGGCCAGGAGAAGGGUCACAAGGAGGACGGCAAAACAGCGUUUGAUGGAAAGCAGGAAACUCCUGAGGAAACUCCGCCUGCUGGCUAAAGAACCCCAGACUACCAUCCCGGACGCAUUUCUGUGGUUACUGAGUGGAAGCAAGCGAUUGGCCUACGUCAGGAUCCCUGCAUACUCCAUCCUCUUUUCAUUGGUGGAGGAGCAAAGGGGGCGGGACUGUGGCAAGGUCACCACCCUCUACAUGAAGUCUCCGGAUGGUUCGGCAAGUGAGAUCUUUGCAAAGCUGGAGGUUUUCAUGUGGCUCGGCCUGGCCAAGUACAGUAAAGAGGCCACCAACUGUUUGCCGGAGGAGUUUCUGCCGAUCUACAAGGAAGAGGACGAGGAGCAGAGGAGGCUGGUCCCUGCAGGGAGGAUGAAGCUUCCUGUCAGUCUGUCCUGCCAAGACAGCAGGUACUUCCAGCUACGAUGUCACAUGUAUCAGGGGCGUGGCCUGAUAGCUGCUGAUGAUAACGGCCUAUCAGAUCCUUUUGCCAAGGUUCUCUUUUCUACUCAAUGCCAAGUCACCAGGGUUUUAAAUGAUACGAUCUCUCCUGCAUGGUGUGAAAGUUUGUUGUUUGACAGAGUUCUGCUUGAGGGUACGAGGGAGGAGCUCGAACAAGACCCUCCCCUUAUCACCAUCAACAUCUACGACCAGGACGCCAUGGGCAGUCCAAAGCCUCUGGGUCGUGCGUUUGCAGAGCCGGAGUUUAAAACUGUGGAGCAGUACUAUAAGAAGCCCCACCUCCGUUUCUUUGACAUCAGCAUGGGCAGAGCCCCCGCCGGAGAGCUGCUGGCUGCCUUCGAGCUCAUCGAGCUGGACUACUCCAGCUUUGGAGAGCCCCGCGUCCCCAGCAGCGUGGACCCUCAGGAGCUGACCUACCUGCAGGAGCAGAGAUAUUACAACAUCCCAGAGGGGGUCCGGCCUGUCCUGAAGACCUUUAGGAUUGAGGUGCUGUUCUGGGGUCUGCGGGACCUGAAGCGAGUGCAGCUUUUUGAGGUGGAGCGCCCCCUGGUGAGGGUGGAGUGUGCAGGGCGACAGCUGGAUUCUGAGGAGAUCGAGAGCUACAGCACUCACCCCAACUUCAAAGAGCUGGUCCGCUAUAUCGACGUGGAGCUGCCGGAGCAGGCCUACCUCCACCCCCCUCUGACGGUGUUCGUGGUGGAGCAUCGGGCCUUCGGUCGGAUGGCUCUGGUGGGGACCCACGUGGUCCAGAGCCUCAUGGACUACGCCCCGCGAGAGCUUGGGGGGGAGGAAGAGGAGGAAGAUGACGAGCCAAAACCAAAAGUGAGGCAGAACACGAGGAAGAUGGACCCUCUGAAUGCAGUGACCCGUAUGGGACUCAGCAACCUGUCAAUAAAACAGUCAAAGAUCCCCUUAAACCCCAUGAAGCUGGUAAAUGCUCCUCUGAAGAAGCUGAUGAAGAAAGGCGAGGAGCUGGAGGAGGAGACGCCGGAGAAGGAGGAGCUGGACUGGUGGUCCAAAUACUACGCUUCUGUGGAGGAGAUGGAGAGAGAGGCUGCUAAGAGGGAGGAGGAGGAGAUGGAGGAACAUGCAGAGAACGAGGCAGGCAAUCUGACCAUGGCAAACAUUGAAGAAGAGGAGGAGGAAGAUAUGGUGGUGGUGGAGAUCGAGCCUCCGAAACGCAAAAACAUUGCCACAUUAAAGCUGUACGGAGGUGAUCUGGAGUCAGAUUUCAGUCAGUUUCAGGACUGGCUGCAGAUCUUCCCGCUGUAUAAAGGCAGAGCGAGCAUCGAGGGUGACGAGGAGGAUGAAGAGGAGAGGCUGAUGGGAAAAUACAAGGGCUCCUUCCUGGUUUACCCGAUUGAUUCAGGAGAUGAAGAAGACACAAAAUGUCAGAUCACUAACGGGAUCCCCAAAAACUCUCCGCUCAAAGUCCUGGUCCGAGUCUACAUCGUCAAGGCCACCACUCUGGCUCCCACCGACCCCAACGGUAAGGCCGACCCGUAUCUGGUGGUCCGAGCCGGAAAGCAGAGUCUGGACACCGUUGAUCGAUACAUCCCCAAACAGCUGAACCCAACGUUCGGAGAGGUGUUUGAGCUCACAGUGUCUUUCCCACUGGAGACGGAGUUGGUCGUCACGGUGAUGGACCACGAUCUUAUCGGCGCUAAUGACAUGAUUGGUGAGACGCGGGUGGACCUGGAGAACCGGUUCUACAGCCGCCACCGGCCGUCCUGCGGCCUCGCUCUUUAUUACGACACUGAUGGUUACAAUGUGUGGCGCGAUGCUAAAAGGCCGUCCGCUGUUUUGGCUGAGAUCUGCAGCAAGAACGGCAUCCUGUCUCCAGAGUACAGGACCUCAGAGGUCAAAGUCCUCAACAAAAUCUUCAAGAUCCCAUCUGACGCAAUACCUGAAGGUCUGCUGAAGAAGAACCAGCGGUCUCCAGAGGAGGAGGCAGAGAUAGAGGAGCACGCGGCCCUGAGCGUGCUGCAGCGCUGGGGGGAGAUGAACGAGUUCCUCCCUGGAGCCGUCCCUCUGGUGCCAGAGCACGUGGAGAUCAGGUCUCUGCUGAGCCAAGAUAAACCUGGACUGCCACAGGGUUACCUUCAUAUGUGGGUAGACAUGUUUCCUAAUGAUGUCCCUGCUCCGCCCCCUGUUGACAUCAAACCACGCCUACCUGAACAGUACGAGCUGCGAGUGAUCAUAUGGAACACCGACGACGUCUUUCUGGACGAUGUGAACCCGUUCACCGGCAUCCCGUCCUCCGACAUCUACGUGAAAGGCUGGAUAAAAGGACUUGACGGGGAAAAACAGGAGACUGACGUCCACUUUAGCUCUCUGACUGGAGAAGGAAACUUCAACUGGAGAUUUGUCUUUCGCUUCGACUACCUUCCUACAGAGAAAGAGGUGGUGUUUAAGAAGAAGGAGUCCUUCUUCUCUCUGGAGGAGUCAGAGUUUCGACAGCCGGCCGUUCUGACGCUGCAGGUCUGGGACUACGACCGCAUCGCUGCCAAUGACUUUCUGGGAUCCAUAGAGUUGCGUCUGAACGACAUGGUGCGGGCGGCAAAGUCCUCCACUAAGUGUACGAUCACGAUGGCGAAGGAUCGGGCCAGCCCUCGAUUCUCCAUCUUCCGCGCCAAGAAGAUGAAGGGCUGGUGGCCGCUGAUCCGCCAGAAGACAGCCGAGGACUUCGAGAGGGAGGAGAAGGAGAAGGAGGAGGCCAAGAAAAAAGGAAAGAAGAAGAAGAAGAAGGACAAGAGGAGUGCCAUGAGACAGGAGGACAUCCAGUUCACCGACAGCAGCGGCAGCACGUUCCUGCUAAUGGGGAAGGUGGAGGCAGAGUUGCAGCUGGUAACAUUGGAGCAGGCGGAGGCUAACCCUGUGGGACGGGCCCGCAAAGAGCCAGAGCCUCUGGACAAACCAAAUCGUCCCUCGAUCAGCUUCACCUGGUUCAUCAACCCGAUGAAGACCUUUAUCUUCCUCAUCUGGAAGAAGUUUAAGAAGUUCAUCAUCGCUCUGGUCAUCCUCGCCAUCCUCACGCUCUUCCUCGGGCUCAUCAUCUACACGCUGCCGCAGCAGAUCGCCUCCAUCAUCAUCAAAGGAUGAAGAAGCCUGUCUCAGGUUUCCUGGACUGAUCUACAUUACAUGUUACUUUUACAUGUUACUUGUACAUCGCAUUCACUACUUAGUCUGAUCAGUUAAACUCAUGAUUUAUUAUGUUUACGCUGACUGCACUACAUUACCCAGCAUCCUCAUUUAUAUAGACACAAAUUACUGCAAAUUGUAAUACACAUAUUUAUAUCAUGUAAAUUGAAGACAGUUUGCCGUGUCGCACUCAAAAGAAAUAAAACAUAAUUAACUUGUAUAAAACUCUAUUUUUGUUGAUUACAUUUUAUAUAUUGAAGGUAAAUAAGUUAAUAAAAAUGAAUAUUUUCUGUUUAACUUUG